UCCCAUGUUACGUGCGCCCCGGCGUCGAGUAGCUGUAGUGUUUGGAGUUUGGAAAUUACAUAAAAGUGAAAGUAUGAGCUCCGCGUCGUCAACGGAGAGCCACACACAAUACGGGUGGCUCAUGGACAGCGAGGCCACUUUGACACGCAUGUAUCUAGCGUUCACAAGACCGAACCUGGCGGGGGCCAGAACGUCCAAGGGCGCAGCUAAUCCAGGUCGGGCCUGACACAGAGCUGUCAGCGAGAGACGGCAGGGCAAAGCACAUACUGGCGCCAUCUUCUGGAAACUCGGAAGUGACGUUACUCAAAUAGUGAAAGAAAAAAGACCAUGUAUUUUUUCAACCGUGACCACCACUUCCCGAAGACAGCUGGCACUCCACUCGGCGACGGAAAGUUUCUGUGAGUAUGGCUUCCUGCGCUUCAUGCACUUUACUCAUGGAUAGGUUGGCUUUGCUAGAGAGCCGUGUCCGCCAGUUAGAGCAGUGUAAUUUCGUAACUUUAGAUGUUGCGGACACAUCUGCUAGCGUUAGCUGUAGCGAGCUAACUAGCCCAGCUUGUAGCAGCCCUAAUCGGCCUACAAGCUACGGUGUACCGGUUGAGACACAUAAUAGAUUUAGCCCUUUAGCUAGUCCUACACCCCAGUCUACCGGGCACCACACUUUAGUUAUAGGGGACUCCAUCACCCGAAACAUAAAGCUUAGCAAACCAGCCACAAUUAAGUGUAUUCCCGGGGGCAGAGCACCUGACAUUGAAGCUAAUCUUAGGGAGCUAACUCGCAACAGGUCUAGUAAGCACGUACGGCAGGCUAACCGCACCACUAGUUAUGCGAAUAUAGUAAUACACGUUGGCUCCAAUGACGUUAGGAUGAGACAAUCAGAGAUUACAAAGAGAAACAUAGCCAGGGCUUGUAAUCUCGCCAGAAAGAUGUCCAGGCAUCGAGUAAUUGUCUCUGGCCCCCUGCCUGGGAGAGGCAAUGAUGAGAGAUAUAGCAGAUUAGUCUCUCUUAACAGGUGGCUGGAUAGCUUCUGCAGACAACAGGGAUUUACGUUUAUUGAUAAUUGGCCCUCUUUCUGGGGCAAACCUGGCUUGCUGAGGAGAGACGGCCUUCACCCUAACCAGGAAGGCGCUAUCCUCUUGUCUCGGAACAUAGACUUCGCAUUGAGCCACAUUUGACUAACUGCACUAGAGCAAGCCCGGUCACAGGCAAUUACAGAGCCUGCUAGCCUGGGUAUGGAGUCAGUUAAGUUAGAACUAGCCAGCGCCAGGCUGGAUGAUCCCUGUACACAUAGCAAUUUUCGUAGAAUAAUACACAACUCACAAAAUGUUUUUUCUACUGUGUCUAUGACUUCGUCAGCGUUAGACAUGCGUUCUACUGAGGUGGCAAAUUAUGAUGCGUUCAGUUUAUCGCAGCGCCAAGUAGACAAUCUGAAAAUUCCCGUCAUAUCAAUUCCUAGAUAUGGUCGUAAUUAUUUUAAGUACACUGCGCAUAAUAAACGCAACAUUAUUAAUAUUGCUACUACGGAUAAUUUUAUCAACAACUCCUUAAAACAGCCCACUACCUAUAAUAUGGGCUUUCUAAACAUCAGAUCUUUGUCUCCCAAAACGUUAUUAGUCAAUGAGGUCAUUAGAGACAACAACCUUAGCGUCAUCGGUCUUAGCGAAACCUGGCUUAAACCAGACGAUUUUUUUGCGAUAAAUGAGGCAUCCCCUCCUAACUAUACGAAUGCGCAUAUUGCCCGUCACCUCAAAAGGGGAGGGGGUGUCGCACUAAUAUACAACGAAAACUUUAACUUUAGUCCUAACUUAAAUAAUAAAUAUAAAUCGUUUGAGGUGCUUUCUAUGAAGUCUGCCACACCUCUGCCUCUGUGCCUGGCCGUUAUCUACCGCCCCCCAGGGCCCUAUUCGGACUUUAUUAGUGAAUUCUCAGAGUUUGUUGCUGAUCUAGUGACGCACGCCGAUAAUAUAAUUAUAAUGGGGGACUUUAAUAUCCAUAUGAAUACCCCAUUGGACCCACCGUGCGUGGCGCUCCAGACUAUAAUUGAUAGCUGUGGUCUUACACAAAUAAUAAAUGAACCGACGCAUCGCAGCGGUAAUACGAUAGACCUAGUGCUUGUCAGAGGUAUCACCGUCUCCAAAGUUAUGAUACUCCCGUAUACUAAAGUAAUGUCCGAUCAUUACCUUAUAAAAUUCGAAGUUCAGACUCAUGUUCGGCAAGCUAAUAAUAAUAAUAACUGCUAUAGCAGCCGCAACAUUAAUGCUGCCACAACGACGACUCUUGCGGACCUACUGCCCUCGGUAAUGGCACCGUUCCCAAAGUAUGUGGGCUCUAUUGAUAACCUCACUAACAACUUUAACAACGCCCUGCGCGAAACCAUUGAUAGUAUAGCACCGCUGAAGUUAAAAAAGGCUCCAAAAAGGCGUACGCCAUGGUUUACUGAAGAAACUAGAGCUCAGAAAUUAUUAUGUAGAAAGCUGGAACGCAAAUGGCGCACGACUAAACUUGAGGUGCACCAUCAAGCAUGGAGUGAUAGUUUAAUAACUUAUAAACGCAUGCUUACCUUAGCUAAAACUAAUUAUUACUCAAAUCUCAUCCGCAUUAAUAAAAACGAUCCAAAAUUUUUGUUUAGUACAGUAGCAUCGCUAACCCAACAAGGGACUCCUUCCAGUAGCUCCACCCAUUCGGCAGAUGACUUUAUGAAGUUCUUUAAUAAGAAAGGAGAUUAAAGACAAUGCGUCCCAGCUACAACGGGGUUAUAGUAACACAGAUACGAUUGUAUAUACGGCGGAUACUGCAAAUAUCCAAAAUAGUUUCUCUCGUUUUGAUGAAAUAACAUUAGAAGGAUUGUUACAACGUGUAAAUGGAAUAAAACAAACAACAUGUUUACUUGACCCACUUCCUGGGAAACUUAUCAAGGAGCUUUUUGUAUUAUUAGGUCCAUCAGUGCUAAAUAUUAUAAACUUAUCACUUUCCUCGGGCACUGUUCCCGUUGCAUUCAAAAAAGCGGUUAUUCAUCCUCUCCUUAAAAGACCUAACCUCGAUCCAGACCUCAUGGUAAACUACCGACCGGUGUCUCACCUUCCCUUUAUUUCGAAAAUCCUCGAAAAAAUUGUUGCAGAGCAGCUAAAUGAGCACUUAGCGUUUAACAAUCUAUGUGAAACCUUUCAAUCCGGUUUCAGGGCAAAUCACUCGACUGAGACAGCCCUCGCAAAACUGACUAAUGAUCUAUUGCUAACGAUGGACUCUGAUGCGUCAUCUAUGUUGCUGCUCCUCGAUCUUAGCGCUGCUUUCGAUACCGUCGAUCAUAAUAUUUUAUUAGAGCGUAUCAAAAUACGAAUUGGUAUUUCAGACUCAGCCCUGUCAUGGUUUAACUCUUAUCUUACUGAUAGGAUGCAGUGCGUCUCCUAUAACAGUGUGACCUCGGACUAUGUUAAGGUAACGUGUGGAGUUCCCCAGGGUUCGGUCCUUGGCCCUGUACUCUUCAGCAUCUACAUGCUGCCGCUAGGUGACGUCAUACGCAAAUACGGUAUUAGCUUUCACUGUUAUGCUGAUGACACCCAACUUUACAUGCCCCUAAAGCUGACCAACACGCCGGACUGUAGUCAGUUGGAAGCGUGUCUUAAUGAAAUUAAACAAUGGAUGUCCGCUAACUUUUUGCAACUUAAUGCCAAAAAAACGGAAAUGCUGAUUAUCGGUCCUGCUAGACACCGACCUCUAUUUAAUAAUACAACUUUAACAUUUGACAACCAAAUAAUAAAACAAGGUGACUCUGUAAAAAAUCUGGGUAUUAUCUUCGACCCAACUCUCUCCUUUGAGUCACACAUUAAAAGCGUUACUAAAACGGCCUUCUUUCAUCUCCGUAAUAUCGCUAAAAUUCGCUCCAUUUUGUCCACUAAAGACGCCGAGAUCAUUAUCCAUGCGUUUGUUACGUCUCGUCUCGAUUACUGUAACGUAUUAUUUUCGGGUCUCCCAAUGUCUAGCAUUAAAAGAUUACAGUUGGUACAAAAUGCGGCUGCUAGACUUUUGACAAGAACAAGAAAGUUUGAUCAUAUUACGCCUGUACUGGCUCACCUGCACUGGCUUCCUGUGCACUUAAGAUGUGACUUUAAGGUUUUACUACUUACGUAUAAAAUACUACACGGUCUAGCUCCAGCCUAUCUUGCCGAUUGUAUUGUACCGUAUGUCCCGGCAAGAAAUCUGCGUUCAAAAGACUCCGGUUUAUUAGUGAUUCCUAGAGCUCAAAAAAAGUCUGCGGGCUAUAGAGCGUUUUCCGUUCGGGCUCCAGUACUCUGGAAUGCCCUCCCGGUAACAGUUCGAGAUGCUACCUCAGUAGAAGCAUUUACGUCUCAUCUUAAAACUCAUCUGUAUACUCUAGCCUUUAAAUAGACCUCCUUUUUAGACCAGUUGAUCUGCCGCUUCUUUUCUUUCUCCUAUGUCCCCCCCUCCCUUGUGGAGGGGGUCCGGUCCGAUGACCAUGGAUGAAGUACUGACUGUCCAGAGUCGAGACCCAGGAUGGACCGCUCGUCGGGACCCAGGAUGGACCGCUCGCCUGUAUCGGUUGGGGACAUCUCUACGCUGCUGAUCCGCUUGAGAUGGUUUCCUGUGGACGGGACUCUCACUGCUGUCUUGGAGCCACUAUGGAUUGAACUUUCACAGUAUCAUGUUAGACCCGCUCGACAUCCAUUGCUUUCGGUCCCCUAGAGGGGGGGGGUUGCCCACAUCUGAGGUCCUCUCCAAGGUUUCUCAUAGUCAGCAUUGUCGCUGGCGUCCCACUGAAUGUGAAUUCUCCCUGCCCACUGGGUGUGAGUUUUCCUUGCCCUUUUGUGGGUUCUUCCGAGGAUGUUGUAGUCGUAAUGAUUUGUGCAGUCCUUUGAGACAUUUGUGAUUUGGGGCUAUAUAAAUAAACAUUGAUUGAUUGAUUGAUUGAUUUCCGAACUCUAAAUGGGUGAAUUUUGGCGAAUUAAACGCCUUUCUGUUUAUUAGUCUUGUAGCGAUGACGUCAGAACGUGACGUCACCGAGGUAAUACACCCGCCAUUUUCAUUUUCAAUAUAUUACAAACACCGGGUCUCAGCUCUGUUAUUUUCCGUUUUUUCGACUAUUUUUUGGAACCUUGGAGACAUCAUGCCUCGUCGGUGUGUUGUCGGAGGGUGUAACAACACUAACGGAGGGAUUCAAGUUGCACCACUGGCAAGAAAUCUGCUGCCAGACCCCCAUUGAAUGUGCCAGAGUGUCUUCACAUUUUACCGGCGAUGCUAAGACAGACAUGGCACAGAGAUGUAUGGAUAACCUGCAGAUGCAUUUGCAACGAUUAAGUCAACAAAAUCACAAAGGUGAGUUUUGUUGAUGUUGUUGACUUAUGUGCUAAUCAGACAUACUUGGUCGCGGCAUGACUGCCAGCUAAUCGAUGCUAACAUGCUACGCUAAUCAUUGCUAAAAUACUAUUUAAGUUGCUCCAGUGUAACAAGAUGAGAAAGUCCUGAUCGUUUGGUCCGCACAUUUUACCAGCGAUGCUAAUAAGGCACCCAUGCUAUGGCCAAAUAGCGUCAAUAGCUAUUCGCUCAAUAGCUUCGGUUUCUUCUUCAAUUUUGUUUUCGCUAUCUGCCUCCAUAC